AUGUACUCUCCAGAGCUCGAGGUGUUCUCGACCCCGCCUUCGACACCGGACGGAACACGAGAAACUCUCCGUCCCUCUCUCUCACGACGCUCCAGCAGGCCCUCCAACUUGCGCAUACAGCAGUCGGCUUCAUCGCUUGCUCUUAACGUAGUCGUCGACGAUCAGGCUUCGCCUGACGUCAAGAAAGUGCACCCACCCACAUAUCCGAACGGGGGCCAGGCCUCGGCGACGCAGGCUGCCGCAAGCAGCCCGGCACCUGGGCGCUCACACCACGCUCAUCUCCUACCCAGUCCUGCAACGUCUCCUUGUUUUGUGCACUCCCAACUCCAGGGCGUCACGAUUCAGGAAUAUCUGCAGGUGAAGAAAUGCGAAGCUAUCCAUGACACACACAUGGACUUCGCUCGCAGCCACCACACCAACGGGAGCGUAUCGGAGCCAUACUCAUCCCGCAGCUCCGAGUACGGCGACGGGGACGAUGAUGACGAUUACACGGGGAGCCUGACCCGCCAGCUCGCCGAGACGGCCGUGGGUGUGCGUGAGAUGAGCAAGCAGCUCGGACGCACCCGCGUGCAUUCACACGUCCAAAACGUGCUCAUCGUCACCAAAGCGCGCGACAAUCGCCUCAUCAAGCUCACUCGCCAGGUCGCGCUCUACCUCAUGCUCAAGCGCUCCUACGGCGGUCGCGGCAUGGUUGUGUACGUCGACGCGCAACUCAGGACGUCCCGCAGGUUCGAUGCGGCGGGCAUCGAACGCGAUUACCCCGAGCUAUUUGCCCCUUUCCCUCAGCGGCGUGCGUCGAGCAGCUCGCUCGCAGCAUAUGCAAACGGCGACGAGAUGAAUCAAGCACCAACGAGCGAAGGACAGCUGCGGUACUGGACGGCAGAGAUGUGCAGCCGAAGCCCGCAGCUGUUCGAUUUCGUGAUUACUCUGGGCGGUGACGGUACUGUACUGUUCACAUCGUGGCUCUUCCAACGGAUCGUGCCACCUGUGUUGCCGUUUGCCCUUGGGUCUCUUGGGUUCCUCACCAACUUCGACUUUGCCGACCACGAGGCCGUGAUGGACGGUGCAAUCGAGGCGGGAGUCCGCGUCAACCUGCGAAUGCGGUUCACAUGCACAGUCUACCGUGCCGUGGCACAGGGCGAGGGCAGGAAACGACGAGCAGUAAAGAAGGCUGACACGGGUGAGAUAUUGAUGAAGAACGUAGAACAGGGAGGAUGGGAGGCACUCGAAAGUGGAUUAGCUUCCUUUUGUGACGGCGCGGGAAAGCCUGGGAAAGAUAAGGAGAUUAUGUGUUUCUCCACGAGGCCCGUGGAAAGCUUCGAGGUGCUGAAUGACCUGGUGGUUGAUCGUGGCCCUAGUCCGUACGUUAGCUUGCUGGAGCUAUUCGGGGACGAACACCACCUCACAACAGUACAAGCAGACGGACUAUGCGUCUCGACACCCACUGGCUCCACGGCUUACUCUCUAUCUGCCGGCGGCUCGUUAGUGCACCCAGAAAUUCCUGCUAUCCUGAUCACCCCUAUAUGUCCCCACACAUUGUCAUUCCGCCCGAUGCUCUUGCCGGAUAGCGUGGAACUGCGCAUUUGUGUCCCAUUCAAUUCUCGAAGCACCGCAUGGGCAUCCUUCGAUGGCCGCGGACGGGUCGAACUAAAGCAGGGCGAUCACAUCAAAGUGACCCCGUCCAAGUACCCUUUCCCUACCGUGUGUGCCGAUACUCAGUCUACAGAUUGGUUCAACGCAAUCUCUCGCACGCUCAAGUGGAAUCAGCGUGAGCGCCAAAAGUCGUUCGUGGUGGUUGAAGAGAGUCCGUCGCGCAAGACCCACAAAAAACGACAGCGUUCGGAGAAUGGUAAUGUCCCGAAUGGCCAUGCAUCUCCAAUAGUUGGAGCCAGAAGGGAGGAAGAGCUAGAAGAUGACGACGAAGAAGACGAUUGUUCAGAUGACGGAGAAGAUGAGGAGAAGUACGACAUCGACGACCUCUCAUCGAGCGAAUCGCCACCCGCUGUAGAUUCAACGAUGAACCAACAGCAGGUACAGCCUGAAAUUGAGCAAAUAGGGAAAGAGAAAGCCAUCGAAGCUCACCAGCUACCUUCGAUACAGGCAAAAGCAGAGACUGCUGCUCGCCUCCUCGCUCAGGGGAACCCGUUUCUUCAGUCUGACCAGGGCAGGCCAGGCCUGCACUCGGGCGUGGAGACUCCAGAUCGGUUCGCAUGUCCUCACCCGCAUCCGCCAAAGAUCUCGCCACGGCACGUACAGUUCGUGACCUCGAACGGAUCGUCGUCUUCCGACCUCGUAGCGAUGAACCGCGAUGAGACGGUGAGACCCCGUAGAGACCGCGCUUCGAGAGACGAGAGUCACCAGCAGCCGCGGCGGACGGGACAGUCUCGUAGUCGGACACCGCGUACGCGAGAAGCAGUCGAUGCUGAUAGCAUGAAGACGCCUAGGGCGUUUGAUGAGGGGCGGCGAAGACCGCGGUCGAGGAGCAGAUCGAGAGAACGGCCACACGAGGGACAUGCGCGUAGAGCGUUCGCUGUUUGGGGUCAGGACGAGAGCGAUAGCGCCACGAGUGACAGUGAUACAUAG